GGAAACGUGCGGUUUUAUCGUGCGUUAUAACUUUAAUACUUCUAGCUGUUGUAAUGUCCAUAACUGUACAUUUCACUCAUAAAUCAGACGCAUCGGUCUCCUCGGAAAUUUCAAACUCAUCGCUCGAGGACCCCGUCAAGGUAUCCCCGUUAUCCGGCUACUACAAGGUUGUGUGCUACUUCACAAAUUGGGCCUGGUACCGUCGUGGAAUCGGCCGUUAUUUGCCGGAAUACAUCAAUCACACUCUAUGCACGCAUAUAGUGUACGGCUUUGCAGUGCUAGAUAAUUCCAAGCUGGUGAUUAAGACGAACGACGAGGCGGACUACGAACAUCAUUUCUACGAGAAGGUGGUAGCGUAUAAAGAGCGGGGUCUUAAGGUGCUUCUCGCGUUGGGCGGAUGGGAGAACUCCGCCGGCGACAAGUACAGCCGAUUGGUGAAUAGUCCAUCCGCUAGGAAGAACUUCAUCGAUCAUGCCGUUCAGUUUAUCGCAAAUAACGGCUUUGACGGAUUGGACUUGUUUUGGGAGUAUCCUGUUUGCUGGCGGGGAAUUUGCAACAAGGGUCCAGAUUCGGAUAAAGAGAGCUUUGCAGCU